UUAAUGGAUAUUAUUUACAAUUUCAUCUACCUACCAAAAUACCUACAACACGAAAAGAAUAUUAGGUUAAAAAACACACACACUACUUUCUGAGCAUUAAUUACAGUUGGCACUCCUGCGGCUUAACCGUCGGUUAAUUAACCAAAGAUUGGUGAAAGAGGCCCUAAAGCCUUAAAUCAUAAAAAAUUGACCAAUCAUAGUAGAUUAUUCUCCUAUUCUUCGACUAUUUGAUUCGUCCACUUUUUAGAUCCACUUAAAUCACCUACUGUAGAACGAGAUUUAAAAUUCCGUUGGUUGGCGGUGCGUUAUUUUAUCGACGGAUCCGUCUUUCCGAGAUAGUUGCAAACCACCUUACUCUUUCGCAGCGUUCGCACUUCACUUCGAUGGCAACAAAGAUGGCGGGCACAGUGCGCGAAGCGAUUGUGUGCCUCCGCUAGGCGCGUUGACGUGCCUGACGAACAUCGUCGUGCAGCCCGGCCAGCGCGGGCAGUAGCUGUCGCGGACGAGGGUGUGUGAGUGUAUUGCGUGCGUGCCUAUGUGUGUGCGUGCGCGCGUGCGUACGUGCGUGCGUACGCGCGAUUACGCGAUUCCGUCGUGUGCGCGCGUGAGUUCGCGCGUGCUUGGCCGCGUUGGGUGAUCGCGGGGCCGCGUUUCCGACGUGUUCCGACGAAAUAUGUCAGAGGCCGCGGAAGCAUGAGCGAGGGAGCGGACUCGGUUGCGCAGACCUGCGGGGACACGCUCACGACCUUGGGCGACGCGGACGAAUGCGGGCGCGAUGCGACGGCGACGGCGACGCUGUCGCUAACGGGGCAGCUACUACCGUCGUCGUCGUCGCCGCCGUCGCCGUCACCACCAUCAUCAUCGACACCGCUGCCGCUGUCACCGCCACCGUUGCCGUUGCCACCGCCGUCACCAUCGCCGACGACGACGACGACGACGACGACGACGACGACGACCGACAGGAGACCACGUUUCGGUAUCGGCGGUCCUCCGCCGUCACCCUACGUCUGGGUCGACGGUCGUCAAUUGCGGAGUGCUCUGGCCUGGACCAAGAAAUGGCCGCCCCGACGAGUCAGCUUUCCCUUGAGUGACAGUCACCUGGUGACCGGUUAUUUGGAGCCCGCCAAUCCCUGGCAACACGCUGAAAAUGUGAAUCGCGAGGACUUAAUCUUUGCAUACAAGGAGUCUUGCGCACGUCACAACACCGAACCCUUGCAAAGUGUUUUAGUUCAACUCGAGAAUCUGGAUAUAUCUCAAGAUCGCUGUGAAGAGCUAAAUUUGAAAGGAGAAGUCUUGGAUCAGGAUCAUACCGAACCAUUGGAGGAAAUACUGAAGAGAAUACAGUUUAAUAAGAUUAAUUUGGAAGGAACAUCUUUGAACGACGAGAGUUCUGUAAUAUUAUUCGAUAUGCUGGAAUAUUAUGAAUCCGCGAGGCAUAUAAACAUUUCGUCUAAUCCGGAAAUUGGAGUACGUGGUUGGCAAGCAUGCUCGCAUAUGAUUAAAAAGACUCAAUGUUUAGAGCAGUUUGAAGCAGGGGAUAUUAAGUUUGACGAACAAAACAUGAACAUUUUGAGCCGUGCACUACGAGUGGUUUGCCAUCUGCAAGUCCUUAAAUUAGAAAAUUGUGGACUGUCGGGCAGAGCAACUAUUAUGCUUGUUACAGCCCUAAAAAUAAAUAGUGGUAUACGGGAACUAUAUUUAGCCGAUAACGGGCUUGACUUAUAUGACGCUAUACAUCUUGGAUCUCUUUUAAGAAUGAACAAUCAUUUGCAAUUACUCGAUAUUAGUAAUAAUAACGUCCAGGACGACGGGGUACGAGAUAUAUUGGAAGGCUUGAUAAAUCAAGUAAAUGAAGACAAAACUGGAAAUGGACUCAGCAUCCUGAUAUUGUGGAAUAAUCGUUUGACUAAGAAAUCAUCAUCCUAUAUCUCGAGGAUUAUUGCAUUAUCAAAAACAUUGGAGACUCUGAAUAUUGGUCAGAAUAUGCUAACGGAUGAGACAUUGAGCAUCGUUAACGAAUCUUUGAAACAAAAUAGCGUUCUUCUACAAUUGGGCAUGCAAUCCACGGAACUCACAUGCGAUGGAAUAAUCACGCUCGCUGAGAUAAUGGAGACGAAUCAAGUUUUGCAGAGGAUAGAUUUACGAGACAACAGCAUACAAAUGCGCGGAAUGCGUGCUCUCGUGAACAUUAUGAAACAGAACAAAACUAUUACGCAGAUCGAUUUGGAUGAUAAACCUCGAAUUAGAAUAGAUGGUCCCUUGCACCAGUAUAGAGAAAUGGUAGAGGAGAUUCGCAAAUAUUGCAGUCAGAAUGAGAAACGUCGCUUACUGGAAGAGUCCACCGAGGAUGCCGAAAGCCCGCAACAUCCGAACCGGCUGCUGAAUGCGAGUUCCCGUAAGAUCUCGCUUACCUGUCAGACACUGCCAAGCCCGUCAUCGCGAUCGGCGACGUUGGUCGCCGACGAGCCGGCAACGCGCACCAUGCUGGAACCAAAGCGCACCAGCGGAGGCCGUCUGCGUUCCCCGGCUCCCAGUCCCAUUCCCUCUCCUGUGGCCAGUCCAAUCCCCAGUCCGUCCCGAAAUCGCUUUGUCGUGUGUCGAGUGUCGGAGGCGUCGUUGCGCUCCGCCGACUCCUCGGCGUCUUCUUCACCAGUUACUCCACCAUCACUCGGCUCAUCACCAUCCCUCGGUUCCUCUCCGUCUUUCUUUCCUAAUGCGAGUGGCGGCCCGUCGCGGUUCCGCGUGUCGGUCGUCGAGUCGGUAGGCGCCGGCUGUUCACCGCCAAAAUCGGUCGUCGCCUCCUCCAGUGGCAGCUCGGUCACGAUCGGUUUUAACGUCAGAAUCGACGCGGCCGACUCCGACGAUUCCGAUAGCGCAACCAAAAUGGACACGCAUGCGACACAGGCCGUCAGCGACAGCACAGCCGCGUCUGUAGACAUACUUAACAUAGUUGCGAAAUCGAGAGAAACGUCCCUAAGCGAAGACAUUGCCAAGAAUGAAGAUCCUUGUAACGAAGAAAUGAAGGGGGAGGAGGAGCAAUCGGGCGUAUACCAAGCUAAACCGCAAUUCUGGACAGAUGAGAAUGUUACCACAACGUGUAGAAGUGAACACGAUGCGGUAAUAAAAGUCGAAGAAGAGCGAUUAGUUAAAAAAAACACAACUGCGAUAUCGCAGUCUGAAAACAACAAGGACAUCAUGAUGACACAUGAAGAUCAUGGGACGGCGAGUCAGAGCAACUCUGCGAUGGAUCUCGAAAGCGUCGGAACGUCCGGCAAGGACAUCGAAGCGUUCGGGGAUUGUCGUGUCGUGUAUACGAGUACAAAAGAAUUACAAGUACCUGCAUAUCCGGACGAGGAUACAGCCUCUACGAGGAUUAGUGUAAUCGAGGAUAAAGCCUUGAUAAAAUCGUCCUUGGACGAUAUUUCGGAAUCGCGUGUGAAUCGAAUGACCUCGGAAGAAUUGUCCACUUGCAUUUUGGAAUCUUCCGUGAGCACUACCUCGGAAAUGCCUUCGAUUUGCACGACGGAAUCACAUUCGCGGGAACAGGCAAGUACGUCGAUGCAGAGGCAUAAAUCCAGCCUGGAGAAACUCUUGUCCUUAUUCCAGCAUCCCGGGCAGUUCUUCUCGGAAUCUUCGAGCACUGUUGCGGACACGAGAAGCUCUCUGCAGGAGAAUGUCAGCGGAAUGAUGGCAUUGGGUGACAAGUUGCAACAGUACCUGAAGGAGGGCCGAACUAAGAUCAGCACCGACAAUUCAUGGUCUUCGGAAUAUGGAUCUUCGUUGAAAAACAAAUCAGUAAAAGUAAAUAUAUCGCAGCUACAGAACUUGACUGACAUAUUUGCGUCUUUCAAGCUCGACCCUCACGUAGGCCUUGUCGAACAUGGUAGUAAGUUCUUCGGUCAGAUGAAGAAUCAGGAUACGAAUAUCAAAGAAAAGAAUGUAGAAAAAUCAACAGAAGUCGAGGUGAAAAUCGAUGAAAAAGAUUUGUUUGAUCAGAAGGAUCAGAUUACGAAAAAUGAUGGUAAAAAUCUUACUGGGCAGGAGAACGGCAAAAGUAAUUUAUUUGAUCAGACGCGGAAUCGAAUUACAAUGGAUGAUGAGAAAGAUUUAAUUCUUAAAGAAAAAAAUUGGAAAGUUAAAAGUGAUACGGACAACCUAUUUGAUCAAGAAAAUGAUCAGAUUGCGAAGAAUGAUGAGCAAAAGUUAUUUGAUCGGAUUAUCAAAGACGAUGAGAACAAUUUGGUCAGUCAGAAAGUGAAUCAGGCUUCGAAUGAAGAGAAUAAUUUAUUUGAUCAGAGAAAAAAUCAGAUUAUGAAAAUUGAUGAAAGUGAUUUAGAGGAUCAAGAGAAGGAACAAAUUGCCAAGGAUACUAAUGAGAACUUUGAUAUGCGGCAGAUAAUCCAGGUUGUUGAAAACAAUGAGAAUAUGCGAGAUGAAUUUAUGAGUGAUGAUAAGUACAAUUUAAACAGUGGGGAGAAGUCUGUGGGAAACAGUGAGAAUUUGGAAAAUCAGGAUAACGAGGUUGUGAGAAUCACCGAGGAAAAUUUGGUGGACAUGAAAAAUAUGAAGGGAGAGAAUACUAAGAAGGAAGAUGUGCGUUGCGAAAAAUUACAAUGGACAGAAUCUGAUCUUAGUGAUCGGCUGUUACCUGAAAGUGUGCAAUCAAAGGACGAUUUUGUUAAUAAUUUAGUAUUAGACGGCGGCUAUAUUGAGCCGGACGUAGCGGUUUCUUCGCCAUUGGCGAGCAAAUCCACGAUGUGUAUAUCUGUAAACUUAAAGGAUGUAGGCGAAUAUUCUGCUUUAGAAUUAAGUAAGACCGACAGUACAGGGUGUAAUAACGACGAAGCUCGAGGAGAACGAGAUGACACGCAGGAUUCAAAACGUACGGACCGUAACCACGUUGAAUAUUUAAAACGCGACGAUCCGGAAGGCUUAAGACACGAUGAAGAAGCGAAGGUUUUAGGAAAUAACGCAGAGUGUUUAAAACGCGAUGACGCGAUAGAGGGAGUGAAUGCCUUAACGGCGAGGACAUGUGAUAAAACCACGGACAGUAUUAAUCAGACUAGUGAUAGUAGUUUUCCGAUUUGUAACAUAGGGCAUGAUAGGAGAAUCAUAGAUAGCGUAAGUACCGCGAGAGCGUCGAUGAGCACGAUGGGUGAAGUCGGCGCGAUUAUCUCUUCGCAAAGCAGCGGCGAGACAUCGUCAAUCUCGGUAGACGAUGUCGGAACGCCGUCGGCGUUAUUAAAGGACGUUAACGUAGAUGAUCACUUAAAUGAAGAAGUUACCAGUAGUACGUGCUGCAUUGCCAAUCAAGAUUAUCAAUGCGAGUCUACGAGGGAGAAGGAGGAGGACCUGGCGGAAGUCCUCGAGAACGAUGCUUGCCGCGAUUCCGCUGAUCGUCAAAGUACAAGUGUAAAUAUUAAGGUAGAACCGCGCGAAUCGAUGAUGACAAAUCCGGGAAGUCAGGAGAUGCUUGGGGAGCACUACGAGGGACAGUCUUUCAUGCCAAAUAACGUCGACGUACAUCGAAUUAUUCUUAGACACGCGGUAGAGAUCGAGAGUCAGCCGGAGGACGUCGUUGAUGAUGGCAGGCGGAUUGACCCGACUAUCCUCGUCACGCCGUACGAGACGUUCGCGAGUCUAGACAAGUCCGACGGAGAAGAGUUCAUCUUCUGCAUGACGGACGUCUCUACGGAUGGCACGUCCAUGGAGGACGAGUUGUCGCCGAUCGUCCCGUCCUUCUUGCCGAACGAUGCCGUCAAAGGAACGGAGUCGUACUUCGAGCUGUCCACUUCGAGGGCCACGUCGACGAACACGCUGUUGAUCGAGAAUCCCGAGGGCAUGCACAGAAACAGCCAGGACUCCGGGAUCGAGGAGGCCAUUUCAACGAUCGACGAUGCUAUCGCCGGAACGAUAGAUCCGCACCCGUUGCCGCCGCCACGCAGCAGCCUCCAGGAGAGCGUGGACUCCGGGAUCGAGUCAGAGUGCUCGUCGAUAUGCGUCAGAGUAGAGCCUGCCGCCGAGCGGGCACUGGAAGUCGUGGUCUCGAAAAAGUCCUCGCGCGAGGACAACAACGAUGAUGCGAGUGACGCUAACGACGGUGCGGGUGACGCCAACGAUGAAUAUGAGGAGUUUGCGUCGGAUUUCCUCGUGAAAGAGGCGCGACUGGUAGACAACGACUCCAUGAGCGACGAUGUCGCGCACUCGUACUUCAACAGCAUCAAGUGCACCGUCGUCAGCGCGACGCGGUCCGUCGCCGACGAGGGCGUCGCACACCCGGCGACAUCGGUGAUCGCGCACUCUCCCGCAGUCGUGCAUGGUACCAGUCCGAAAUAAUGCAGCGGAGAAGACAGAAGAGAAGGAUAGUACUAAUAAAGGGAUCAAGACAAAAGCGGUCGAGUAUGUCAACGAUGAUGAAAUCGACGAAUUCAAAGAAGUGAUGAAGCAGCUUGAGCCAAAGUAUCGGCGUUAUGCCAACUGGCGGAUUUGAAUGCUAUUUGAAAUUGUCUAUUAUUCUUUUCGAAAUCGUCGAUGCAAAGCAGAUACAUGCUUGGCUCCAAGGACUGUUAAAAUCAUGGACACUUACAAUUAACAUUCAUCAUACAUCCUUCGUAGCUAUGAAUUCUUAGUUCCAUGAAUUUUUGAUAUUAUUAUUAUUAUUAUUAUUAUUAUUAUAAUUAUAUUAAUUAUUAUUAUUAUUAUUAUAGAUCAUUGGUUGAUUUUCUCAUAGCCUUAAACGUUUUUGCGUUUAAAAGUUCUUAGUUUCUAGAUCGAGUUUAUUUUUUAAAAAUACCCACUAUUGUAUAAAUUUUGACGAAUAGAAACUAGGAAAUUUUGUUUUAAUGAAUUUUGCAUAAUAGACAUCUCUUUUCAAUGAUCUUUAUUUUAAAUAUUUGAUAGUAUAUAUUUUUAUUUGUACAGAUGUAUUAUGCAUCCUUUUUUGAAUUUAAACAAUUACGAAUAGUACCAUAGUAUCAUACUCUUUUGCAUAUAUAGUACUUUAAUUUAUGGAUCUUUGUUAUUUUUUUACUUAGACCUUUGACCUUCUACAAAGCAAUCUAUUUUCACAAAUCCAUGUUCCACAGAUCUUUGGAGUUAUUGCACGUUGAAACAGUAUGCGGACGGCGCGGAAUUUUUGACUAUGGUAGAGGGAUGAUGCAAGCGUUGUAAACUUAAUUUUUAACUGUUAGUAAGUGUCAAUAAUGUCUUAUGUACUAGUUAGUUUUUGUCGAUUAUUUUUGUCGAUUAUUUUUUAUUUCGCGGGGAGAAGAGUAACCGGAAAGCAAAGAAAGAUGAAAUGGAAAAUGUACAUUAGGCGAUCGAUUCUAGUCUCGAAGACAGUCGAUCUGUCUUGAGAAAAUUAUAAACUUAACGUACACCACUCUCGCCGCGCGAUGUAACACGCUGGCAGUGAUCAAUGUAACGCCAGUGCUUCUUAAACUUACAAAUCAUAGGACACCAAAGGAUAAAAUCUUUUCUUUGUCGUGCCUCGAGCUUCUAUGAAGAUUUUCUUUAAGAAAUAAUGGCACACAGUUACGAUUAUAAGGUGCUCCAUUGCAAUCAUUGACGGUGUCCUUUCAAUUAGAUAUUAAAUCGAAGGCAGAAAAA